UGGUUAUGGUCCUGGUGGUGCCGGAUCUGGCUCUGGAGGUUUUGGGCCAGGUAGAACUGGUUUUGGGCCAGGUGGAACCGGAACUGGAUUGGGAGGAACUGGAACUGGAUUAGUAGGAACAGGAACAGGACCUGGAGGGUAUGAUGCCAGUGCUAAAGCUCGUAAAUAUGGUAUGCUAAGUGGAGCCCUCGGAGGUGGUGCUGGUACAGGCUAUGGACCAGGAGGAGUUGGACCUGGUGGUGCCGGUACAGGCUAUGGACCAGGAGGAGCUGGACCAGGAGGUGCCGGUACAGGCUUUGGACCAGGAGGAGCUGGACCAGGAGGUGCCGGUACAGGCUAUGGACCAGGAGGAGCUGGUACAGGCUAUGGACCAGGAAGAGUUGGACCAGGAGGUGCCGGUACAGGCUUUGGACCAGGAGGAGCCGGUACAGGCUAUGGACCAGGAAGAGAUGGACCAGGAGGUGCCGGUACAGGCUAUGGACCAGGAAGAGUUGGACCAGGAGGUGCCGGUACAGGCUUUGGACCUGGAGGAGCCGGUACAGGCUAUGGACCAGGAGGAGCCGGUACAGGCUAUGGACCAGGAGGGGUUGGAACAGGUGGUGCCGGUACAGGCUAUGGACCAGGAGGAGCCGGUACAGGCUAUGGACCAGGAGGGGUUGGAACAGGUGGUGCCGGUACAGGCUAUGGACCAGGAGGAGUUGGACCAGGUGGCGCUGGUACAGGCUUUGGACCAGGAGGAACUGACUUUGGACCAGGAGGUAGGAUAUAA